UUGGUAAAACUCAGCUGUAUGGGUCAUUGUUCAGUGUCGAUUCGUUCUGUUCGGACUUCAAAAUUAUGUAUUAAAUUUGGCCUCAAAAUUUAUUGUUUCUUUCCCGCCUUAUCUGGACUUUCAAAAAAAAUCUAACCGGUAGCAGCCAUGGCGAACACAUUUCGAGUGAAUUGGUUUAAAAAACUUCUCAAUUCGUGCACUCCCACCAGAAAAUAUCGACACAUGGACGAUAGUCAUCAGAUUAGCAGCACCUUGGACAUUAGAUGUUCACGAAAAGUGCAGGCAUUCCCGGAACAGGCCCAUUCAACGACACUUCGUCCUGCCAGGUUCCACAAAUGUCCAACUGCUACUGCUGUGAGAAUUCAUCCUGUAAUAAGGAAUCUCAAUAGCUCGAAUAAACAAAAGCGUAACUUAUCCAUGGCCUCCCCUAAGCGGCGGAAGGAUGUGCAGCUUUCAAAGAAUCUAGCAACGCAGUCGGGUAGCCUCCACUCCAAAACCAUUCCGAUAAAGAUGGUCGCAAUGCGGAAGCAAGAAACUCCGCAUUCGAGUCAUCGCAGGAUGGGCUGGGAGGAUAUUCGAGAUUUGGUUGUGACCAAAAAUAUUGAGAAAAUUUUGCGUGAAUCGAAGCUCACGCCUCUGCAACGAAGGAGAAAAAAGAAUCUGGUUGCAAAAUGUUCACAAAAAUGUAAAGGAAAGAAUAAGCCGGUGAAGGGACUGCCAACGAAGGCCAUAGGCCUGAGUCAAAAGAAGCACCUUGGCAUGGAUGUGAAGUUCUCGAGGCUUCAAUCGAAACUGGAAUAUAACGCAAAGCGUUCAGUGAGUUCCAGAUCCUCGGAUAAUCACAAUCAUGAUGGCAAUACACCUGUUCGCGAUGCCUACCGCAUGAGGAUAGCGCAGCUCAAAUUUAGAUUCUUGCACAAGAGGAAUCCCCGCACAAAGACCAAGCAAUCUAUUCAAACUUUCAAACCUUCUAGACAGCCAAAUCCUGUUGGAUUCAGACUCAUGCAGGACGAGCAGAAGCGUUUGGACGUUCUCAAGGCAGAGUGGAUACAGUUGAUGGGUCUGCAGAAUGCUGCCAGACAGAAAAGGAAAAUAGCAGCCAAAGAAUUGAUCAAGAAAAAGUUGAAGGAGACGGUUGAGAUUCCAAUUGACACGGCAAUUAACACCCUGAUCGUUGAUCCGAAGUCAUUCCUAAAUAAGGUUCAUGUUCAGAACAAGAUUCUAUCUGUGGAUUACGAUGGCACUUCGUCUGAUGAUCCACCUACGGAGCUGGAUAAACCCAAUGGCUUACCAGAUCCAACAAAGAGUUGCGGCUUCGGCGAGUCUGACGUUGGACUGGAGCCAAAUUAGCUGAAGAGUUUUCCAACAAAAUCAAAAUUAUAGCUGCAGGAUAAGGAUAGGGCAGGUCAAUAUUUUUUAAUACCCAAA